AAAUUUAAUUUUGUUAAAUUUCAAUAGUAUUAAAAAACAAAAUACUACUCAAAUUAUAUACAUAUUUCUUCAUCUUAAAGAAAGCUGCUAACAAACUACUAACUUAAAAAUAUUAAACAAUCAAUUAGUAUAGAAAUCAUCAGCAAUCAAACUUAGAGAUAAAGAAGGAUGAACUAAGUGGAUAUACUUUCAGCGUAGGGCUAGUCUGGCCAUUUGUUUAAUUAGUCUCUACAUUAGUAUCAUAAUAAAUUUAAUGAUCCUGAAAAUAACUUAAAAAAUGAUUAAAAAAGCUCAAACGAAGAAUGCGAAUAUGAAAUUAAUAAUAAAAAUUUAAAUCCAGAAAAUGGGAGCGAUCAAAACUAGGAAAUAUCCUGUAAUGAAAACAUUCAAACAAUAAUCCAGUAACAGAUAAAAGAACUCAAAAGCAUGGCUAUUAUUUUGAAAUAAAAAUUUUAUGAAGAAAAAAAAUCUGAUUUUGAUUAAUCAAUUAUUGAGUAUACUCAACAACAAAAAAAGCUUUAUUAAGAAAAGAGUGAAUUUGAAAAGGGAAAUAUUUAAAAAACAUUUAGCUUUAACAAUUAGAAUUAAAAACCUUAAACUAACAUCCUCAGCCCCAGACAAGAAGCUUAAGCAAUUUAAGAGGAAGGGAGUUAGUAUAAGUAAGAGGAGCAGCAAAUAACCUUGCCAUAAUAGAUAGAAAAUUUAAAUUAAAAUGCCACUUAACCAUAAAUAUAGCAAUAAAAGAUCUAACAACCUUCUUAAAAUAGCAACAAAUCAAACUCUGAAAGCUAAGUAUCUGACUCUGAAAGUGAAGAGGAUAGCAAUUCAGAAGAUUUGUAAAUAGAAAAACUCAACUCUCAAAACUUGCUUUUAGAAAAUACUAAUAAAAGGCUAGUAGAAAGAAUAAACUAACUCAACUCAACAAUAGAAAAGCAGAUGGAAGAAUAAAAUUAAAUAAAAUAAAGAAAUGAAUAAAUAACGAGCCUUCUAUAUACCUGCAGCUUUGCAUAAUAAUAAAUAUAUCAAGUUGUUUAAUCAGCUCAAGUCUAAAUAGAUGUAUCUGUGUGUUAAGGACUCGUCACUAUCUAAGGAAAUAAAAUUAUUAUUUAUGAUGAAAUUAAUUCUGAAUUAAAAACUUCACCUGACAAAAUAUUUUAAAUCUACGAGCUUGUCUCAAUAGAAUAUCAAAAAAUCACUAUUAAAAUGAACUUUGAAAAAUCUUUGACACUUAAAAUUUAAUUUAAACAUAGAGAUGAUUUAAAAUAAUUUGAUUCAAUUCUAUACAUCUAAAGAAUGAAAAAAGUUUUAUAUCCAAAAAAACCUUUUUUUUAUCAUCCUUAGCUACCUAAAGCUGAUGGAGUUUAGGCUAGAGUAUUCGAACAUAUAGAAAACAGGAGCUUUUCUCCCAUUAGAACAUAAACAUAUAAUCCUGAAUUAAACACUAGUAUUUCAGUGUCAAGCUCAGUAUUUAAUACUAAAAAUUAACAAGAAAACCAAAAUUAAAAUUAACAAAAUAACAUAAAUAUUCUGCAAUCUGCAUAUUUUAGAUCAUCUAAUGAAGCUCAGGACGAAGAAAAGUAAAAGCCAAUAACUUAAUCGUAGCAACUUAAUCCUACGACACAAGGAAUAAAAAAAGAAACAAUUUCAAAUGAAAAUUUUUAAAUUCCAAAAAGCCCUCAAAAAAUAAACUCAGCAUUAAAAAUGUACUAGCAGAGAAGAUCUUUAAGAUAAGAGAGUGGAAAAGAGUUAUUAAGCUUUUAACCUAAUAAAAUAAAUUCUGAUUAAUAGUUCAACAAUAUUUCUAGCUAAAAAAUUAAUGAUAUCAGAAAUUUUAGCAAAGAAGGAACCCAAGAAACAACUGAAAUAAAUAAAAAUUAAUCUAACCUAUAAAAUCUUUCUAUCUUAAAUGAUUCUAAUCUAAACAAAUCUAUAGUUUCAACUAAGUAAAAAAAGAAUAAAAAACAAAUAAUAAGUGAUGAGAGAAUUUAUGAAGAAGCUAUGGACUAUUUAAAGAAGGGAGAGAAUAUGAUCAAAUAUAGUAAGAAUGGUAUACUAGGUCCAAAAGAAAAAACAAUUAAAAUAAGAAAUUUAGAAUUGAUUUGGUUCCCUGUAACUAAAGAUGAGAAAAAAGCUAAAUCCAUAAAGCUUGAAGAUAUCAUAUCUAUUAAUAUUGGAAGAGACAGUCCUGGAUUUUUAAGAUUGAAGAAACAAGAAAACAAUUAGAAAUGCGAGGAUAACUUUUUUUACAUUCGUUGUAAAAAAGACAGGAGACUGGAACUUUAAGCUAUCGAUUAAAAUUAAAGAAAUACAUUUAUAAAACAUUUACAGCGCGUGUUGCUUAACAAAUGUAAAGAAACAUAUAAAGAAAAGCCACUAUUUGAAGAUGACGUAAAUGAAAGCUAAGAUUUUAAUGAAUGA